UUAUAAAUUAGACCUAUUUAUAUUCAACAACCAAAAAAGAAUAAUCAGACUAGAUUCAUUCUCACACAUGGCUACAAUGGAAAUUCCUGCAUUACUAGUCAUAAUUUUCAUAAUUUUCAUCCUGAUAAUUAGAAGGAAUAAAAAAACACUGAAUUAUCCUCCUGGAAGUUUUGGAUGGCCAUUUCUUGGAGAAACACUGGACUUUCUUCGAGCAGCCAAAAAAGAAGGAAAGCCAGAAAAAUUCGUCAAAGACAGGAUAGAGAAAUACAAGUCUAAAAUAUUCAAGACUUCAUUAAUGGGGGAGAAAAUGGUGGUAUUGGGUAGUGCUAGUGGGAAUAAAUUCUUAUUUAGCAAUGAAAAUAAGCAAGUCACUGUUUGGUGGCCUGUAACUAUUAGGAGAAUUCUAGGAAGUUGUUUGGUUACUACUGCUGGAGAAGAGGCAAAGCUUAUGAGGAAGAUGAUUUCUUCUUUUACUAGUCCUGAUGCUUUUUCAAGACUAUAUGUCAAAACCAUGGAAGUUGUUGCCCACGACCAUUUUAAGAAUUAUUGGGAAGGUAAAGAGAAGGUGAAGGUGUUUCCUCUGGUCAAAUUAUACACUUUCAAAGUGGCAUGUCAUCUAUUCAUGAGCAUUGAAGAUGACAAUGAAAUUGAAAGGCUUUCUGCACAGUUCCACAUUUUCUUGAAAGGACUUAUAUCACUCCCUCUAUAUUUACCUGGUACAGCAUUUUACAAGGCAGCUAAAGCUACAGAUGCUCUUAGGAAAGAAUUAUUGCAAGUUGUAAGAAAAAGAAGAGAAACCUUGAACCGAAAGGCAGCUUCACCUUCACAAGACAUAUUGUCUCAUUUGCUGUCUUGCCCAGAUGAAAAUGGAAAGUUCAUGUCUGAACUUGUUAUUGUUAAUAACAUUUUGUUACUGCUCUUUGCUGGCCAUGACACUUCAUCUGUCACUCUUACUUUACUCAUUAAGAGACUCGCAGAGUACCCUCAAGUUUAUCAAAACAUUCUGCAAGAGCACAUUGAGAUAGCAUCGGCAAAGAAAGAAGGAGAGUUUUUGAGUUGGGAUGAUAUACAGAAGAUGAAGUAUUCGUGGAACGUAGUAUCUGAAGUUAUGAGACUGACACCACCUGUAAUGGGGGCUUAUCGAGAAGCAAUUGCGGACAUAAAUUAUGAAGGUUAUCACAUCCCUAAGGGGUGGAAGUUCUACUGGAAUACUUCUUUAACGAGUCUGGAUUCCGAGAUUUUCCCCAAUGCGACGAGCUUGGAACCAUCAAGAUUUGAAGGAGCCGGACCUGCACCAUAUACAUACGUUCCAUUCGGGGGAGGAGCUCGAAUGUGCCUAGGGAAAGAGUUUGCUCGACUAGAGAUUCUCAUAUUUCUGCACAUCUUAAUCAGGAAAUUCAGUUGGAAAUUACUCAUUCCUGAUGAGAAAAUUAUAUAUGAUCCAAUGGCUACCUUUGUUGAAGGACUUCCCAUUAACCUUCAACCUCACAAUUCUUGAUUCAGAUUUUUCUUACCGAUACACAAGAAGCGUUGUCAGCCACAUAAGUAACAAACCCCCUUUUGUAUUUGAUGUUGUAUAAGAAUUGAUUAAAAAUUACUCCCUGUUUCAUAACAAGUGGUGUUUCAGGCUUUUUAUUUUAUUCCAAAAUAAGUGAUGGUUUAAAAUUUUAAGAAAAAAUUGAUCUUAUUAUUUCAAAUUUAACCUUAUGGAGUAGUUUUUUUUUUAAGAAAAGAGGUCAAAAUAUAGGUAAAAUUUAAUUAGAGUUAAAUUAGUAAAAACACAAAUUUUGAGCAAUUCUUUAAGAGGUGUGCAUAAACUAAACCCACCACUUAUUAUAAAACGGAGGGAGUACUAGAAAUGAUGAAUGACACAGCCCUUCUGCAUUUUUUUUCCGUGUAGAAUAAUUGAAAAGGCUUCUGUCAAUUUAUCCAUGAUAAAAAAAAAUACGAACUGAUCCGAAGUGAAAUCCCUAAAUCUAGUGUGGAUAAAGAGAGAAUAUUCAGGAAGAAUAGCUAGGAUUUUGAGAGAACAUAAGCUACCCAACCACACCUUAAACGUCUUUAUAAAGUCGUCAACAUCGUAACUUUGAAUUAGUAUUACAAAAUAAUAGUACCUCGUUUCAAUUUAUAUGAAUCUUUUCGAAGUAAAGGAUCAAAUUUUAUAAUUUUGACAUAGAUUUUUCAAUUUUAUAAAAAUAAAAUUUAUAUAUUUAGAAACUACAUUAAAAGUACUAUAAGUCAUGAUAAUUUAUCAUGAAAAUUAAAAGGUCCACAUAUGCCCCUCAACUAUAUGCAAUUGGACGUAUUUGCCCGACCUUUAAAGAUCGGUUCAUUCAUGUUGCUAAUGUUACAGGGCUAUACAUGCCCUUACACUAACAGAACCCAUUAACAGGUCGGAUCCCUCUUUUUUUAAUCCAAACCCACGACCCGCUCCAAAAUUAACCUGACCCCCACAAAAUCCUCUUUUUCCCCCUCAUUUCCCUCUCUCUCUUAUGUUGUUAGUACGACUAGAGUUUUGGCGCUGUUUUGGAUCAUUCUGAUAGAAGAAGGGUUGUUAUUUCCGAUGGUAUUAGUUAAGGGAUUGAUUGAUGUUGUGAAGAAUACAUUUCCUCAAUCUCACUAUAGGUUUUGUGUGAGACACAUUAAGGCCAAUUUGCAAAAAAGUGGUGAAGUGGACAAAUGAAGAAGUUGAUGUGGUGGUGUGCUUGGAGCACAUACGAAUAAGAGUUCAAAGACCAUCUAAGAAAGUUGGGUGAAUUAUCUAAGGAUGAUAAUCAUUUUGCUGCCAAGGAUCUCUUACACUUUCCUCCUCAAGCUUUGUGUAGAGCAUAUUUAGACACUCAGUGUAAAACUGUGAUGGUUGACAAUAAUUUCACUGAAUCAUUUAAUUUAUGAAUUCUUCAAGCUAGAAGCAUGCCAAUCAUCAAGAUGCUGGAGGAAAUUAGGAUAAAGGUUAUGAAUUUGUUGGUUAAAAAUAUAGAUGAAAUCAGUUGAACUCCUUACUGUUUAGUUAAAAGUUCAUUAUUGUUUGAUUUUUUUGUUUACCAUAAUCUAUUAUUUGAUUGUAUUUUAACAAGAAAUGGAAGGGUGACUUUAGUCCAGAAGCUCUAAAGUUGUAUAAUGAUUACAAGGCAAUUGCUCAUUAUUGCAAGGUUGAGUUUAAUGGUGACUUUGUCUAUGAAAUAUCUGAAGUGAUGAUAGGCAUAUUGUUGAUCUUUCACAGAAAAGAUGCACAUGUAGAGUUUGGGCAACUAUUAGGAAUCCCUUGCCCCCAUGCUAUCAAAGCUACGUUGUAUGACAAGGGCUAAGCUGAGGAUGAAAUACACUAGUUCUACAGCAAGGAAGCAUAUUCCUUGACUUACAAGAACAAGUUGCAACCUGUUAGAGGACAACAAUUCUAGAAAAUUACUGAAACUCAAGCUAUGGAUCAACCUGACAUUGCCAAAACUAUGCGCAGGUCUAAAGUCAAAAUAGUUAGAGUAGCUGAAUAAGAAAGGAAAAAGAAGGGGGAGUGAAGUCUAUCAAGAAGAGGUAUUGUUAUGACAUGCAGCAAAUGUGGUGAUGAGAACCACAAUGCUAGAGGUUGUUACAAGAAUGUUAGUGGAGGGGAUUCAAGUAACGGAAAAGUAAAAGAAUUCCUCAAACAUUGCAUCAUCCUCCACACAGCCACCAUAAGACUUUGAUGACUGGUCGGAAGAAUUUUUCAACCACGAUGCUGCAACUGAACCAAUGACACAAGGCUUUUCUCAAGCCACCACACAAGAAUCACAAGCCUAUGGUCCAGAUAUUGGACAUGAGGAAGAUCCAGUGCUCAGGCCCUUAAUUGUCUUUGAAUCACAGGCAAGACUGAAGGCAAGAAAGCCGCAAGUGAGGCGAGCAACUGGUACAAGAAGAAUUUAGUGAGGCCACCAACUUGUGACGCUGACGAAUGCAUAGCCUUCUUUGUUAAUGCAAAGGAGGAGAUCAUAGUGAUAGACUAGACCUCCGUGUUUCUUUUUAAGUAUUUUCUUUAUGAAAUUUCUUUUUGAAUUAAAUGAAAGCAAUCUUGGUUUAGUAUGUGUAUGAAAAUCAGUUUUGCAAGUGUUUGUGUGAAUGUUUUGAUUAUGAAAUCUAAUGUGAAUGCGUAUAAACUUUGGUGCUCUGUUUUA